AUUUUUAGUGUUUUGGAAAGUUUUAAUUUCUUUUUGUGGCAACUUCGCCUUUGUUGCUUUCUGUAUGUAUAGUUCAGUGUUGUAAAUUGUAAUGAAAAUCUAAAUAUCAACCAUGAAACUGAACAUAUCAUACCCUGCUACUGGCUGCCAAAAACUCAUCGAGAUCGACGAUGAAAAAAAAAUUCGUAUGUUCUAUGAGAAGCGUAUGGGGCAUGAAGUCGAAGCUGAUGGCUUAGGUGAUGAAUGGAAAGGAUAUGUUGUUCGUAUUAGUGGAGGAAAUGACAAGCAAGGUUUUCCAAUGAAGCAGGGUGUGCUAACAUCUGGUCGAGUUAGGCUUCUCCUAUCUAAAGGACAUUCAUGUUAUCGACCUCGAAGAACUGGUGAAAGGAAGCGAAAAUCUGUUAGAGGAUGCAUUGUUGACUCCAACUUGAGUGUCUUAUGUUUAGUAAUUGUUAAAAAAGGUGAACAAGAUAUUCCUGGGCUUACUGACACCACCAUUCCUCGUCGUUUAGGACCAAAACGUGCAAGCAAAAUUCGCAAACUUUUCAAUCUUGCUAAGGAUGAUGAUGUUCGUCAAUUUGUAGUUAAAAGACCACUUGCUCAGAAAGAAGGUAAAAGGCCUCAGACAAAAGCACCAAAAAUUCAACGUUUAGUUACCCCAGUGAUGCUUCAAAGAAAGCGUCAUCGCCUUGCAUUGAAACGCAAGAGGGCACAAAAACGAAAAGAUGAGGCUGCUGAGUACGCUAGGUUGCUGGCACAAAGAGCUAAAGAAGCAAAAGAAAAACGUGCAGAAGAAGUUCGUCGUAGACGUUCUGCAUCACAGAGAGAAUCCCAAUCUUCAGGAGGAGGGAAAAUGAGUGUUAGCAAAUAAAUGUAUAAGAAAUAAUAAAAUAGAACUUUCAUUGAU